AUGCGCGCGUGCAGGAAUGUCCUUCUGUUUAUGUUGGGCACACGUGCUUUUCAGAUUUCAACUGAUAAUAUUGUAGUUACGUUAAAUGAUCACGGAAUAGAGAGAAUUGAGCCAGAUACUUGGCGAGGGCCAUAUACAGUCUCAAGUUACAUGCAGUCGUCUUUGCCGCCGGUUGAAAUAAACAGCAUCAGAAAUGCGCCAGUUAGCAAGAACACGUCUACGGAUAGUAUUGGAAAGGACCCUCUUUCAGAAACAGCAGCCCCUAAGAAGGAAGCCCAUGAUACUUCACAGAAACAACUGAAAAUGCCUAGGCUGGAGAGUGCAUACCAUGAAGAUCCAAUCGAAUCACCCUACAAAGAGAUUACUAGCGACCUGAGCGAAUGCAAUAUUCUGGUUCUUGCACACCAUAUAACUCCCGAGAAAGAGAAAAAGCUUAGAAGAAAAAUUCAGCAGAAAGGCGGGUACUUGCAAUAUGUUUACAGAAAUGUGUUUAGUGGUCUUUCUGUGUGCAAGCUCUCCCAGAAAGAGAUCAGUGCAGUUCUCUCUGACCUCUCCACAAUGCAAAUAAGUCUGGAGGCUAAUGCGCAAUACACACUGGCAUACAAGCAGACUAACUUGCCAGACAACUUCUAUACUAUGCUGAACAGCCAGCAGAGGCUGUUUAACAUACAGUGGCUAGACGGGUUUGUGAAUAGACAUAUUCGAAAUGGAUAUCUUGUAAAAAAAUCCAGUCUAUUUAAGUGGUACAGAAACAUGUACUUUCCUUUGCAGAGCAAUUAUACAGGAAAGGGCGUGUCCAUAGAAAUACUAGAUGCAGAUAUUGGACAGAUCCACAGAGAGGUAGAAGGCCGCGUGGAGAUUGUCCGCAUGCGCCCCCAGCAUCAGCCGAGCGCCCACCCCACCUCAGUAAUAACUGUAGCAGCAGGAACAAAAACAGGCCUGGCCAAAGAGGCUGAAGUUAUUCUGCACCCUGUGUUUAGAUAUGGCACGGCAUAUCUGUCGGAUAUUCUCCAUGUUUUAGAUGGCAUAUCGGUGAGUGGCACACAAAAGGUUAUUCUUCUGCCGUUCACAGGAAAUAAGUCUGCCAUACUGGACACCUCUCUGAAGAUGUUUUAUGAUGCAAAUAUUCCUGUGGUGGUUGCUGCUGGAAAUAGUAGCCUGCCGGCCUGCAACUACAGCCCUGCUAGAUCCAAGUACACAAUUACCAUAGGAAGCCUUUCAGACAGCCUCAAUCCAGAUGAAUGGUCUAACACAGGCGACUGUGUUGACGCAUAUGCGCCUGGUAUGGCCACCGUAGGAGAAGUGUCCGAGUCAUCGCUUUCUGUGGAGUAUGGCCAGCGCGAGGGCACAAGCAUAUCAGCUGCAUAUAUAGCUGGAUAUGUUGCAGUCUUAAUGCAGAGAAAACCAAUGAGUGUUUCACAGAUGAGAAAGCAUCUGCAAGAAAAAGUCUCUAGCUCUAUGCUUGCACUUCUAACAGGCGGCACAGACAAUAUCAUUGUCCCAAGUAACUUUAUAUACUACAGCAUACUUACAGACGCUUUGAUAGUCAUUACACCUGUUGUAAUUAUCACGUGGGCAGCAAUUCUUUACAGAAAAAGAGCGUACAAAAAAGACCCAUUCAUAAAAAAGAAAGCAAGGCCAGCCCGAUCUGCAGGCUAA